AUGCUCAAGCAGAAUACAGAUCGACGCCGCCGCACAACUUCAGACCCCCUCGCCCGCGCCCUCAUACCCCCGCCCAAUGAGUCCCCCAUCGAACGCGAGAACAGAAUCAAGGCUGAGGCAGAUGCUCGCAAAGUCAGUGAGCACAUCGACGAGAUGCUUCGACAAGAGCGGGCAGAGAAGAAAAAGUCGGGAGUGAGCGUCCUGCUGCUGGGCCAGUCAGAGUCGGGCAAGAGUACUACACUCAAACAAUCAGAUACCCUCGAUGAUCACGAAGAGCUAGAGUCAACCGAUCCCGCCCUAAUUGUCAUCUCAUCCGACGGUCGACCCCCUUCAGCCAUUUUGGGAACAAGGGUUCCUAAUUAUGAGAGUUAUCGAAGACGAUUGGAGCCGUUGAUCGAAUUGGAAGAGCGCCUCAUUCGUUUGCUCUCUUCGCAGGACGAAGACGAGGCAACUCGCUUGGGUCCAUGUCCCCAGGGCUGGAAUAAUUACGCACAGCAACACAACGGCAGCGAGAAUCAGCCCCCUCUAGUCAACGGCCGAGUGCCAUCUGGACGACCGACCAUCGUCAUUCCCAGCAAGACCCAAACCACCGGCUCAGUACAAGUCAAUAUAACCAGCACCAUCUCUCACGGCAAGGAAGUCGCAGUCCACCCGAGAAACAACUGGAAAAAGGCCUUCGCUCUUGGUGGCAAUUCCAAAAGUCCGAAGAGUGCUCAUUCAGGCGAAAUUGAGGGUUGGUGGGAAGACCCUGACGACCCGGUGCAUGCUCUCAACGCCUGCGCACCUGCCAUGAUGGAGCUGUGGCGAGAUCGUAACGUCAGACAACGCCUCAGCGAGAAGAGGAUUCGGUUGGAAGAGACAAGUGGAUUUUAUCUCGAUGAAAUACCGAGGAUAACAGCGAAGAAGUACAUCCCGACCGACGCGGAUGUGCUGAAGGCGCGACUGAAAACUAUGGGGGUAGUCGAACACACUUUCCACGUCCCUUUGGGUUCGAGCAAGGGGUCAGAGUGGCGAAUUUAUGACGUUGGGGGAGCGAGGAACCAGAGACAGGCCUGGGCUCCUUAUUUCGAAAACGUGGAUGCUAUCAUCUUCCUUGCGCCUAUCUCGGCCUUUGAUCAGGUCCUGACAGAGGAUUCUCGCGUAAACCGAUUAGAGGAUUCCCUGCUCCUGUGGAAGUCCGUGGUUUCCAACAAGCUCCUCGCCAACGUCAACAUCAUUCUAUUUUUGAACAAAUGCGACCUUCUACAGGCCAAGCUUGACGCUGGUGUGAGGCUAAACCAACAUAUGGUCUCCUAUGGCGAUAGACCGAACGACUACGAUUCGGUGUCCAAGUACUUCCGCAACAAGUUUGGUGGUCUUCACCAAUCCUAUACGCCUAAUAAGGAGCGGGAACUGCACAGUGAGUGA